GUAAAAUCAUUAAGGUGUCAUGCGCCACGGGACAUUUGGAUGUAAAUAACGAAUGACAAUAAUUCUUAUCAUGUAUGCGAAAACACUUAUACAAUAAUUAAAGUGGCUACCAAAUAAUAGUUGCAUUUUGACGACUCUAGUGAAGUAGGCGUUUCCAACCGUAUAACGACCUUUAAUAAAAUUUCGAUUUAUAUCUUCGGAUUAAAGUAUUUAUAUGUGAAAAAGUAUUUUCAUAUAAACUUCAGUGAUAUACAUCUUAUACUUGUGGAUAGUAAAGAAUGUCUAAUUCACUGGUUAAGGUUAUACAAGUCAUUUCCAAGCCACCAAAACUCAGGCAAGAUUUUGAAAUACAGACACUAUUACCAUGGUUGCGGAAAAAGUCUCAGUUAUUUUCACGAUUGAAAACCGACUACCUCAAAGAUAUUGUGAGAAAUUGUGGUCACGUGACGUAUGGGAAAGAUGAAGUAAUAAUAAAACAAGGAGAAAUUGGAGACUGCUUUUAUAUAAUACUCUGUGGAAAAAUUGGAAUCUACAUCAUUAACAAAGAUAAAAUUGAUGACGACAGUGAUGACCAAAAUGCCCUUGCUCUUAUUGGAAGUAGAACAGCAGACGGUGCACUCGACAGGUCUAAGUUGGGAAACUAUGUUUGCCCCCUUGGUCCUGGAGUUCCAUUCGGAGAGGUUGCUCUCAUGUCAGAUGACUGCAUCCGAACAGCCUCGAUUAUUUCUGAAGAGAAAACAGAUUUACUAAUGGUAGACAGGGCACUUUACAACAGAGCAGUUAAGGAUGUGCUUGCCCGAGAGUUUGAAGAGAAGGCUGCAUUCAUUAAAGACAGUCCUCUAUUUUCAACCUGGGCUCCGAGAUAUAAGAAACAACUAGCUAUGGCUUUGUACAAAGAGUCUUUUCCUUAUGAAAGCGCCCUCGUGCGACAGGGAGAUCCUUUGACUAAUAUAUAUUUCAUAAUUAGUGGUCAAGUAGAGAUGCUAACAGAUACAUCACAACAUUUAUUCCAAUACCCUAAAGUUUUUAUAGAAGCUUUAGAUGAAAAUGAAAAGUUUUUGAAGAAGCUGGAUAGAAGCAGACCUCCAACAGAUCCUCAAUAUACAGCGUGUGUGAAAAAGAAAGAUCAUACUAAAAAUACAAAAAUGUGUUACCUUGCCAAAAACGAGAGCAUUGGAGAAAUGGAAGUUCUUCUUGAUUUGGAUACUUACGUUCAGACAGCUAUUUGUACUGAAAAGACUGAUGUUCUUGUACUGGAAAUGAAACAUUAUGAAAGACUUUUUACGAAAAAACACCAGAGGACUAUAGAUGCGAUGAAGCAAAUGUUGGAAAUUAAAAUCAAUACCCGAAUUACACUAUUAGGAAGUGGCGAAGAAGUACCUUUGCUCCAUCAUUUAAAGAAUAAAGUUAACCUCAUGAACAACCCAAAAGCUCCUCCUGAAAAAUCUACGCGAGAAGAAGAUUCUGUUUUAGCAGCUGAAAGACAAUUCUUUAAUCAUACGGGUCCUUUAGUUGACAUUGAUGGACCCGGAAGUGUGUUUUAUAUGAUACGAGUUAGAGAAAAAUCUAAACAAAAAUCACAGCACAAAAACAAAAGAAAACAAAAUGGUCGAAACGAGCAUAUGCAUGCAAUAAGUUUACCUCAGUCGUUAAUCAUGGCCGCUCAAAUGGCGGGUGCUACUAAAGAUAUAGAACUUAUAAUGGAAAAAGCCGAAGAAGAUGAAAGACAUGACAAUUUAAAAUUAUCAGCAGCAGGGAAAAGUGCCAGAUCAUUCCGACGCAUUCAGAGUGCAAAUAAACCAUCAAUUCCAAACGAUAACGAGAUAGAAGAAGAAGUUUUCGAUGAUGAUAAGGAGAUGACUAAAUCUUUACCCGAAAGACAUGCAAUGGUUUCAUUCGAUGAUGAAGACGAGGAUGCCUCACUUUCAUUUCUUGAAUCGCGAGUACGAGACUGGUUAUGUAAAGAUAAUCCAAGAAAAGGACCUCAAGUGGCUCAAUUGAGGCGACUACCUGUACAGGAACUUGAUCCUCAGCCAAAACCGGGAAAGAAAAUUGUUAUACGCAAGCGCAACAGAUCUUCAACAAGUCAUGAAAGUGCUCGAACUGAAAUGCGUUCAGUCAUGUCGAAAGAAGAGGACGAUCUCCAACAUUAUAAUAUUUUGAUAGCAAGGUCAUGAUUGCUCCAUGUUUGAUAGUUAAAAUUGAAUACAUUCAGCUUUAAAUGUUAAUAUAAUGUUCAAUUUCAUGCACUACAAAAUGUUUAAUGAUGUCCAUAUUUUUGCUGCAAUACAUAUAUUUAAGACAAUAAAUGCCUAGGAUAAAAGUG